ACUAUCAACUACGUGCAAAAAGUGACUGGUUGUCUCUCCUUCCACUGGCAUGUCACUUCCACCAACUAAUAUCCUCGAUCAUAUCGUACAUCUCACGCCUCCUGGAUCAGUACAGGAGGUUUCACAACAAUUUAGACAACUGGGAUUUAACGUUAUACCAGGAGGAACUCAUGCGGGAGGGUUAACUGCCAAUGCUCUUGUUAUACUAGGGGAUGACGCCUACCUGGAGCUUAUUGCAUUCACGCAUCCUGCUUCUCAUUACCCACCAGGUUCACCUGAUGCCGAGAAACGCGCAGCGAAUCCGUGGUCACACAAAGAUCCUGGAUGGAUAGAUUUUGCAUUCUUGGGAUCGUCGUCUGCAUCAAUUGCCAGUCUCAUCAACGAACGUGGAAAGCAAGAUGGCAGUGGGGUGACAUACUCAACUGAGGUAGCUGGGGGGAGAGUGCGUGAAGAUGGAAAAGUAUUGAAAUGGGUGAUCUCCGCACCCGAUGAGAAACAUGGGAGGGGGGCUCUGCCAUUCUUCUGUGGUGAUAUUACAGCGCGGAAGUGGAGGGUGCCUGUCGAUCCCCCUUCUAACGCACAGCACCCUUCAGGUGUACUGGGAGUCGCAUAUGUCCGUGUCUUGGUCGAACAUGCGUCGUUCCAGAGCCUCGCGGCGCAGCUAACGUCUGUUACUGGGAAUUCGCCUGUUUCCGCCACUUCAACAGAAUCAGUAUGGGAACUGGAGGCACCAGGGAGCACGAAGGCCAGCUACAAAUUGGUUAAGCCACGACUGCGUCUUAGUACACCUCUCAAUGAAGAAGAGCGCGAGGCCCUCCAAAAUAAAGGACCAGGAAUCUAUGAAGUUGCGUUUCGGGUUUCAGAAGGAAGGAAGACAGGCGAGGCAAAGACACCUUACGGAAAGCUUGUGUGGGUGUCGUAG